UGGUAUCUUCUUUCUUCUCCAGAAUUCAUUGUCAGCACAUUGUCAUCCAGCUGAGCCCAAGAACCCGAUCACAUCCCUCGGAUUCCCAUUUCUGUAGCGAGGUAUCCGCUGGAUAUUCCUGAUUUGGUCUCCCUGUCACCCCGACGGCCGGUCAAUAAUUCUUGCACUCCCUCCCCCUCCCCCGGACCAACCGCCUCGAGGGGGACACCUUUCCUGAAAGGCCCUUCGCCGACGGAUCCGAAGACUACUAGUCAUUGCGAUAUCCUCCGAAAAGGCCUGGAUAUCUCUCAUUGCCCCUUGACAACAAGUGAACAGGACUGUCAGAUUUCUCCGCCUUGUUUUGGUCAGAGAAGAAGGCCCCCCCUCCUGAUUAUCCCCUCAUCCCUCAGCCUCCCCUUUCCUUACAGACCGGCUCCACCAUGGCGUCCAUGGAAGACCUCGUGGCGACGAUGCGGGGUGGUCUGCACGUCGAACGAGGAAACGAUCUUCAAGAGCUACAGAACAAGCUCGCCCAAACGCUGAAUCCUGUCAAAGCGCCUUAUCGACCUAUCCCUCCGACUUCCCUCUCACCAAAUACCUCGACCAUCCCUCCUGCACCGGCAUCAUCAUGGAAUGACGCUUUUGGCUCUGUUUCUCCGUCCAAUUCGACCACCACUCAACAAAACCUACCUCUCGAUCGCAACGGUACAAGUCCUAGAUCUAGUGGAGUUCGGAAAGACAUUGGAUUCAGUAUCCCUCCGCCAAAAUCCCAAAGUCAGGGUCAACCUCCGAGUCAAAACCAGGCGAACGCCCAGUCCAAUGUCAUUGGUAGUGACCAUCGAUCAGAGGAAGAUGAUGGCUUUCGUGACGAUGCGUUUAGGCCAUUGUGGCAGAGCGACUCGUCAAGGAAAUGAUGGAGGAGACAUCGCUCAAGGUCUGUCGACGUUGACGUUUAUCGACGUCUAUCACAUUGAUUCGCACUGUCAUACACACAUUGGCUCUCGGCCGCAUUGUUCGUAGCGUUUCUGCCCAUCUGU